AUGCAACCCACAAUACAUGGCAUACCCCAGGGCAUAGAGCGAGAACUAAUUGUACAUAACAUUUCUGCUAAUUAUGCAUGCCAAAAUAAAACUGCUCGAUCUGCAGCUGAUAUGAAUGCUCAAGAACCGGACAUAAUAACGCCAAAUAGAUUCGGUCUCCUGUCCACGGAACAUGACUCAGAUAAAGAAUCAGAAUCUAAUGACGAAAUUGACCCGAGUGAGUCUAGCACUUCGACUAUUAGACAAAGUAGGUCAAGUAAUUUAAACAUGGAUUCGAACAAACACGAUAGAAAACAAAGGAGAAAAGAAAGUCAAUCAACCCAAACUUCUAUUGAAUUUUCCAAGGGCAAGGCCAAAACCAACAAUAGAAAGCAUACAACAAAUGCAAAUUCAAACGAUUUAUUUCAAACAGGCUCAAAGAAUAAUAAGUCUGGCAAACUUGUUUUCAUCGCCGGGGACUCAAUUCUACAACAUGUUCACGGCUGGGACUUGUCUAACGAUAAACAACGUGUAUCUGUAAAGUCCUUUUCAGGGAGUAAAGCUGAAAUAUGCAAGAUUACAUAAAACCAUUACUACGCAAAAAGCCCGACGAGAUAAUAUUGCAUGUAUAGGCACUAACAAUAUUAAAGAUAACUCCAAGACGGCAGAAGUAGUUGCUGCGGGUAUCUUAAACCUCGGAACCCAAAUAAAGGAUAGUCUACCAUGCACUAACGUAUGUAUAUCGGGCAUUAUUACUAGGAAAGAUAAAGCUAAUAUCCAGAACAAAAUUAAAACUGUGAAUGACAUUCUUAAACGGCUCUCUGACCAAAACAAAUGGACCUAUAUAGACAACACUAAUUUAGAUUAUACUUGCCUAAAUAGAGGUGGCCUACAUUUAAAUAGAAAGGGUAGUAGCACUCUUACUAGCAAUUAUAGUAAUCACUUUAGUCGUAAUUGAAAUAAGGCAUGGCCAGGUGCUGUAAGGUAUGCUCAAUUUAACCCAUAUUUCCCUGAUUUCAAGGGUUUCAAAAUGGGUAUGCUUAACAUAACCAGUUUACCUAAGCAUAUUGACGAAAUUAGGAUCAUGUUAGCCGAUGAAUGUCUCGAUAUUCUUGCAUUAAAUGAGACAAGAUUGGAUGAUACUAUUAAUAACCAGGAUAUGUAUAAUUAUAAGUAAUUAUGAUCUUAUUAGAGUCGAUCGUUCUAGAACAGGGGGAGGCGUCUGUUUAUAUGUGAAAACUUCGUAAUAGAAGACAGAAGCCAUCAUUAAACCUUUUAGGAUCCUAUUUAGCGAAUAGAACCCAAAUGUGCUCCGUUAAUGGCGCUCUGUCGGGCACGAAGUUGGUUACAUGUGGAAUCCCUCAAGGUUCAAUUCUUGGCCCACUCUUAUUCUUGAUCUACAUUAAUGAUCUGCCUAACAGUUUGGAGUACUCGUCGACAAGAAUGUUUGCCGACGAUACGACUCUAACUGUAUCUGGCAAGUCAAUCCAAGAUGUAGAGGUGGCCAUAGAUCAUGACCUUACCAACAUUAAACAAUGGCUUUCUGCAAAUAGAUUAUCUCUUAAUCUAGUCAAAACUGAGUAUCUACUAAUAGGAUCUCGGUACAACAUAAAUAAUUUACUUGCUGCUCCAAAUGAAUUUGUUGGUGAUACACCAAUUAAAAAGGUCAAAGAAACAAAAGCGCUUGGAGUUCAUAUUGACGAAUUUCUAUUGUGGGAUAAGCAUAUUGAUAAAAUUGCUAAGAAGAUUUCAUCCGGAAUUGGGGCGAUCAGAAAGCUAAAAUCUUGUGUGGAUCAUAAUACAUUAAUUUAUGCUUAUAAUGCACUUAUACUUCCACACCUAGAUUAUUGUUGCGAAGUUUGGGACACCAUUGGUGCCACACUUUCUGAUCGACUCGAGAAACUACAAAAUAGGGCAGCUAGAGUUAUUACUGGCCGUAAAAACGAACACGGUCAAUCUGAACUUGCUCUAGACGAACUGAAAUGGAAACCUUUAAGUGAACGCAGAACACAUUUCGUAGCAAGUCUUAUAUAUGAAAUAACUCGCGAACUGGCGCCAAAACGACUAACCAAUAUUUUUCAAAGGACGUCUUCCUCUUAUUACUAUAAUAUGCGAGGCUCUUCCACCAAACUCUUUUUGCCCAAACCUAAGACUGAAUAUCUUAAAAAAAGUCUUAGUUAUAGAGGAGCGAAAUUGUGGAACAGCCUUUCUGAUGAAGCAAGAAACAAACACACUCUUGCUUCGUUUAAUUCAUGUAUACGACACCUGGCCAAUUAAUUAAUUAAUUAAUAAAAUAAUUACGUUAAUUUAAAAUAUUGAACAGUACUAACAUUAAUUUAAUUUGUAAAUAAUUAUAUACUAGUUGUAUUUGUAAAUGUAUUGUAAUUGUUGUUAACUGUAAUGUAAUGUAAUGUAUGACCAUAAUUUGUAUCAAUUGUAUUUUUUAACUAUUUAAAUCUACGCCCCCUUGGAAAUCAGCCUUCGCUGUAGAGGUUAGCGUAGUUAAAUAAAGUUUUACCUACCUACCUACAUACCAGGGUGUAAAUACCCCAGCGGAGUUAGUACCCUCGCACGGCGCUCCGCGCCGGCUGGGGGAAUAUAGAAUAAAAAGUAGUAUUAGGCGGUAUCCGCGUCCAUACUUCUAAAGAGUGUCUCAAAAAAACGCUAUGGACAUUCAACAGGCUGUUGUGCAACACAACCUUAACUAAACAAUCCAAUUUUACAUAGGACGAAAGAGCUGUUAUUUAGCUUUUCUAUGAUAUAUUUCUUAUACCGUAACGAUGAGAAAUGGCCACAUAUACUCGUCAAAUAACAAAUUUUCGAUCGAAAUCACAUUCUUCCACUGUUGGGAAUUGAAAAUACAUUAAUUAUGCAAAGUUAAUCAUUCCGAAAGCACCGCGAGUCUGCUGCAAGGUACUUGUUUCGUAAAACGUUUUGAUUACGAAUGUUCUCUAUUCAGGGGUUAAUUGAACCAUGUUUAAUGCAAUUUAUAAUGGACGUUCUUAUGAUCUCACUAUAAGACGACGAUUGACGAGUUAAACUUAUUUUAGAUGAUUUAAUAUUCAAUUUUAAUUCCCUCUUGGGAAUUGUUUAUGUUUCGUUUUCCAUGCAAUUCCCAACGGUGGAAGAAUGUGAUUUCGACCGGGAUUUUUUAUUUGACGAGUAUGCGGCCAUUUCUCAUCGUAACGAUUUAAAAAGGGUAUUAUUGAAAAGCUAAAGAGCUGUUCUUUCGUCCUAUGUAAAAAUUGAAUUGUUUAGCCACGUUUAUGAAUGUUGUUGAAUGUUGUAUGCAGCUUGUUGAAUUUCCAUAGCGUUUUUUUUAGACACCCUGUACAAAUACUUACUCAUUUCUGAUGGGGUUCAAGGUCCAUGAAAUCGCAGUGGUGUACCCCUACAUACAUACUCGGGUGUAAAUACCCCCAGCGGAGUUAGUACCCUCGCUCGGCGCUCCGCGCUGGCUCGGGGAAUAUAGAGUAAAAAGUAGUAUUAGGCGGUAUCCGCGUCCAUACUUCUACAAAUACUUACUCAUUUUUUAUGGGGUUUAUUGCUUGAUUUGCGUACUUUUCGGGCGCUCGUUUUUCGUGGAUUCGACGUUUUUGAAGUGGCCAUUAGUGUUAUCAUUAUUUUACUAAUAGCCAGGUUUGGUCAUAUAGGUAUUGAAAAACGUGCUGCCGCCGCGCUUCCAAAGGAGGCAGAUUGCGGUACCGCUGUCGGGAGAGAAAAGGCAAAUGCAAAACAAAUAUUUACCGAGCUCAUCAACGCUAUUCAAAGGAGGAGCAAGCCAUAUGACAGGGUACUGGCUAAUAAUCAGUUUGGGUUUCUCUACAUGCAUGGUAUAACUUACGGUGUGCACUAUGAUGAUCCUAAAGUCAGUAAGGUAAUGCAGUGGACGAAACCGCUCCCUUGUAAGGGGAAAUCGCUCCCUGGUCUAAAGAAACCGCUUCCUGAUAGCAGCGCGCUCCCUAUUAAAAUAAUAUGGCCUGCAAAAGCAGAAACCACAAACUUUCAAUUCGCAAGACCAACUCCCGAAGCGAUUGGAAGACCAGGUAACAUCGGGCACUCUGAAGAACAACUCCUUAAUUCUUUUAACAUCAUGGCCGACAACUUUAUAAGAAGACACAACAACGAGUGUCCGUGUUAUGUGAUUUUGGGUAAGUCUUGGAAAAACAUUUGGGGGGAUAAUUUUCAGAUAAUUGGGAUUUGGGUCGACGGCCACGAGUAA